AUGACGCCCUCUUCAGCAGCCCCGGCCAAGAAGCCCCUCUUGUUCUUCACCUCCUUUGCAGGCGAAGGCCACACAAACCCAGUCCUAGCCAUUGCGGCCUCGAUGGUUCAGCGCGGAUACGACGUCGCAUAUCUCUGUUCAACAGCCUUCGAGGACAAGAUCAAGGAUGCCGGGGCUGAGUUCUUCGAGAUUGCCUGGGAGCAUCAAUUCAAGAGCCCGGAAGAGGCAGCAAACGUCGCGAGCAUGGCAAUUGGCUUAAAACGAUUGGCUGUCCAGCUCGUCUACGUGUUCUACAAGGGCUUGUCGAUGCGCGCAAAGGCCGUGGCAGAGACGCUCGAAAGGCUGCGAGCUCGGGAUCUCGACCGUCAAAUCAUCUGCAUCGAGGACAUCCUCAACAUGGGCACCAUGCCCUUUCGCUACGGCUGCCCCCUGCCGGCCGGCUUUGACACGCCGCCCAAGACCAUCGGAAUAAGCCCGGUUCCCCUCAUGGUACAGAGCCAAGACACGGGCCCCUUUUUGCUUGGGCUGCCGCCAGACUCGACCGAAUCAGGCCGGUUGAGGAACAAAGCCUUGAACCGACUGGUCAACGAGGGUCCGUUGAGGCCGUUGAUCGAGGCCUGGGAACAUGCACUCGAUGCGUGCGGAUGCACCGUCACACCCUCGGGCAGCCCCAUGACUGCGUGGUUCACGGCGCACGACGCCUCCAUCAUGCUGUGCUCUCCGAGUCUGGAGUAUCCCGUGUCCGACUUGCCGAGGGCAGUGCAGUUUGCAGGAUGCCUGCCACGGGGGAAAGUCAGCUCCAGCUUUGAGUAUCCAGUCUGGUGGCCGGAAGUGACAGACAACGCGAGGGGCACGGCGAGUUCCAAGAAGAUCAUCUUUGUUUCCCAAGGAACGGUAAACAAGAACUGGAACGAGCUGGUUCUCCCGACGCUGCAAGCCUUCGCCGGCCGCGACCAGCUGCUCGUCGUGGCCGCCCUUGGACUCCGCGGGGCCAAGCUUGACGACGCCGUCGACGUGCCUGCCAACGCCAGAGUCAUUGACUACCUGCCGUACGAUGUGAUACUCCCGCUCGCCCACGUCUUCAUCUCCAACGCGGGCUACGGCGCCUUCCGCCACGCCGUCGUGAACGGCGUGGCCACCGUCUUUGCCGGGGAGACGGAAGACAAGCUCGAGGUGGCCAUGCGCGGCGAGUGGGCGGGCUUCGCGCACAACCUGAAGACGCAGACGCCGUCGCCGGAGAAGCUGAGGAUCGGCGUGACAAAAGUUCUCGAUGACGAACGAUACACGACGAGAGCGGCCGAGUUGCGAAGGGAAAACGAGGCCCUGGACUGUCUGGCGCGGAUCGAGAAGCAGGUUGAGCUAUUCACGGAAUGA